AGUUGUAUGAACGUGAACGCGUCAUUUCAUAACAAAAUAUAUUGUAUACCAUUCGUUCUGUGAAGUGCAACACAGCCGCUUCUGCAUCAGGGUUAAGUACUUACUGCAGAUAGAUUCAGAUAUAAACCAGGACAAAUGGCCAGGACACACAAGGGCAGAUUCAAAAUUACAAAUGGCAUCUACAUCUGUGGGCAGACGCCUCGUUGCUUGUCUCCUCAACAUCUCUGAAGCUCGAAGGAAAGAUCUGGUGGAAACUGUGGCCAAAGCAGCUCUGUAUGACCCUAAAGGCCUCAGAAGAGAAGGCACCACAGUUCUGAACAUUUUUAACGACCACGACUAUAACCGCUCCGUCAUCACUAUUGUGUCGGCCAUCGACUCCAUCCGGGAGGUAGUACUUUCUGCCUGCGAAAAAGCCUGUACUCUCAUAGACAUGCGUUCACACAGAGGAAUUCACCCGUGCCUCGGAGCUGUGGACCUCAUCCCCAUUUACCCCCUCGGUGAAGAAGUCCUGCCCCAAGACUGUGCCAAAGAGGCCAGAGCUGUAGCAGAGGGCCUGACAGAACGCGUCCAGGGCACCAGUGUCUUCCUGUUCGGGUGGGCUGACUCCCCUCUGCAGCGUGGUCUGGCCCAGAGGAGGAAGGAGAUGAAGUGGUUUAAGAAGUGUCCGGACUUAAACCAGAUCAAACCAGACCUGGGCCCUGCUCCUGAGAGACAGUACGGACUAACAGGUGUUGGUGCCAGCCCUUAUGUCAUGAACUGUAACGUCACCAUUGACUCUCAGGACAUUUCACUGGGUCGCAGCAUUGCCUCUGCCAUUCGAGAGUCCACUGAAGGAGGGAUCCCAGGGGUGCAAGUCCUGGCCCUCCCACAUGAGGGUGCUGUGGAGAUCGCCUGUAACGUAGAAAGUGUUAAAGGAGAACCACCUAGUCAAGAAUGGCCUGUUUUUGAUAUCGGAGGUCAGCCAUACUGCCAUGCUCCUGCUUCGGUUAUCACAAAGCGAGUUUCAGAGUUAGCAGCGGCGAAGGGGGUGGAGACCAAAGGUACGGCGAUCGUGGGGUUUACUCCUGGAGAGUGCAGGGGCCUGGCGGAGCUGGCACUGUCCCGGAACAUUGGAGAGUUUUGGAGGGAGCAGCGGAGAAUUCGAAUGUGAAACAAAUGAGGAGGACCACUGGGCUACAAAAUUCCUAUAUUAGAAAAAAAUGACUCUUGUUAGCUUCAAGUAAUUUUAUAAUGCUGUUACAUCCUCAAAAACAUACCUGGAGCUGUGUUGUGUUUUGUUUCAUUCACACAGGCCUGAAUUUACAGGGUUUUUGGGUUAAACAUGCAACAAAAAGUCCACCUAUGCUUUUGGUGAGAAAACAACAUUUUAAUAUAAAUCAGAAAAUAGCAUAACACAGACCCUCUUUAGACAAAUUUCUAUUUGAAUGGUUGAAUUGAGCUAAUCACAAAAGCAGCAAUUAUUUAUUAACAUUUGUUGUCUAUGGAUCUCAACAGUCAAUGCCUUUUGUGCAAUUUUGAAUGUAACUCUUACUCUUAUUGUUUAUGCUGAUUUAUCAAAUACAGGAAGUCAAACUGGCAUCUGUAAAUGCUAUUUUGAUGUUACUUCUUGUUUUCUUCCCCUUUUAUUAUUAUGGAGCAAGGCUUACUACUGUGUCAGAUGCCCUCCCAUCCUUAUAUGUCCCUUUGUUAAUAAUCAUAAUAAUAAAAGUAUGUAUUGGAAUGAUAUAACACAUUUGAAGACACUCAAAGGGGCUUUAGUACAGUGCAUUAUUCUUUCACUCCACAUUGUGGUGGUAAGCUGCUACUGUAGUCACAGCUGUCCUGGGGCCGUCCUGGGGCCGUCCUGUCCUGUCCUGUUCUUUCCUGAUAGAAGCGAGGCUGUCCCUCCAAACACCAGCACUCACACACACUCUAUAAUCACACUAGACAAUGUAGAUGAAGAAUUUUGCCUAAGUGCGCCAGAAGUACAGGACCAUUCUCCUUUAUGUUUGUUGUAAAGCCAUUGCUAUGUCAAGCUGCACAGAAUUCAGGAAGACGCCAUGUGUAGCACCACAUCAAACUAUGUGGAGGUUGCCAGGUGAGCUUUAUCUGUGUCUGUGCAUAUGCCAUCAUUAUUACUGUCUAUGUUUUAAAUGCAAUGAUUUAUCGAAAAACUGGAAAAAGCAAAAAUGCAUCAAACAAAUGUGUGCAGCCUCAUGCCCUGAGUGUGAUGAAAGGAGUGCAAAUGGAAAGGCCUCUUGAAUAAAGUGCAAAACACGCAAAUGUUUUGUCAAUAAAAUGAAGGUUAUGAUCCCAGACAACAUGCUCUUGAAACAC